UUUCCUUUUUGUGUAACUUUUAUAUCCUUUUUAUCAUUCUCUCUUGUUUGCUUUUUGUAUUCACUAUAUUGGGAAUCGAGAUCUAUAAUGCCCAGGCGAUUGAUCUCUAAUAAAUGCUUAGAUUAAAACCAUUGAAUAAGUAUUGCUUUUUCUAAAAACAGACAUUGCCAUAAGACUGGGCAUAGUCAAUAACCUAUGUUUUCAUGCAUUUCGGAUAGUUCGAAACCUAUUGAUAAAGGAGUCCUAGCCGUUCGAGAAAAAUGUUCGUAGCGCCUCAACCAUGAUUUUUGAAGAUGUCGCUUGGUUCCAGUUUUAUAGAGAAGACUUUGGGUUAUCUACCUAUGCAAAAAGAUUAAUAGAUUGCUAGUCGAAUUUGAGAAAAUUCAAGCUAGUUUCCCAAAGAUCCUCUGAAAAACGACCUUCCGAACUUUUUCCGAAAACGAUUUUGCUUAUGGAAUGAUAGCUUCAGGUGUCUAGUUUCCAAAACUGAAAAGCAUAGGUAUCUAUCUUCAUUUCCCUCUGAGUUAUUCAAAAAACUGGCAACCUGCAUUAUAUUCUGGGACGGAUAAUAAUUCAUUAGUUUCAAAUGUAGUGUAGUAUUGCUUUUGAAAACUUUAAUAGUAUGAUAAUUAAAAGCACGAAAAGUUCCAAGUUUUUGAAAUUUCUCGCUCCAACUUCAUGCAAAUAUUCUAGUGGGAUAUGUCGAAGCUGGAAUGUUACCAAAUGGUUCUCGAAAUUUUAAAGUAGAAGAGUUAUCGAAUUCGCCAAAUUUUCUGGCAUUAAAAUCAGGUGAUCGAUUCCAUCUAAAUGGAAACUACACAAUUCGCGAUAAUGACUUAUAUGAAAUAGGUGGAACAAUGAUAUCCUAUGAAAGAAACGGAAAACGUGAACGAAUUCAAGGAACAGGUCCACUGAAUGAUGACUUGGAUAUUAUGAUACUUGUACUUGACAAAGAGGUGAACAUUGAAUACACCUAUUUUAUGCCGAAUUCAAUCAAUUCUACAAAUAGCAUUAUAGAAGAAGUUAAUUCUACGUUUAAUUGGGCUUGGAGUGUUAGUGGAUGCUCUGUUUCGUGCGGUAGUGGACAACAAACUCUACGACCACUAUGUAAAAAAAAUAACUUAACAACUGCUGAUGAUCGAUACUGUACUGAAAAAUCGAAACCUAGUGUAAAAAUUGUGUCAUGUGAAGAAAAAUCUUGUCCUAUAAACUGGAAAACUGGUAAAUGGCAAUCGUGCGUUGGCUCUUGCGCAUCCAUGGCUUAUCAACGACGCAGUGUUGUUUGUACAAAAAGAAUCAAUAAUGUUUUACAUGCUGUACCACCUGAUGUAUGUGCACAUUUGGUAAAACCGACAGUUAUUCAAACUUGUACUGAAAAAUCUUUACCAUCAUGCAAAAGUGACUAUCAAUGGAAAACUGGUCCUUGGAUUGGGGUAGGUUUCUUCGGGUGA